AAACAGUCUCAACCCACGGUAUUUCACUACCCCCAGCGAUUGCCGGCCUGUCCCCAUUCCUGUUCCCAGUUCCAUCAGAGUAUCUCUCUCUUAACCGUCUUCUCCAAGUAAGAAAAAGGCAACCAUGGAAAAGGCCAGCCUGAAAGUGACGUGUCCACCGGCUCGAUUCCCUUGGCGCGAUCUCCCAGGCAUCAUCUGGCUCUUCACGGAGAGCGACUUCCCCACGUUCGUGCUCCCCAACUCGGCAUUCGGGAUCUUCGGCGCUUUGGCAGGCCCAGCGCUGAGUGAUCCCUUGAGCUGCCUCCCCACCACCGCCCAGGUCCUGCUCCUCCGGCUGCCCCUGGUGAUCCUCUUCAACUGGGUGGCCGUGCUCAUCUUCGACGUCGCCAACCAGCGCACGUCCGACGCGGUGCGCGAGGAUCAGAUCAACAAGCCUUGGCGCCCGCUCCCCAUGGGCCGCAUCAGCGAGGAGCAGAGUCGCCGGCUACUCAUGGCGACCAUCCCGCUCGCCCUUGCCUACACCUACACCGUGGACAUCUGGCAGGAGAUGGCGCUGAUUCUGGUGCUGACCUGGCUCUACAACGACCUCCGGGGCGGAGAUGAGAUCGUGCGCAACCCCAUCAUCGCGGUGGCAUACGGGCUGUACAAUGCUGCCUCGCUUCGCGUUGCGGUAGGAGGAGAUAUAGUCGACAUCUCGGGCCGCGGCUAUCUCUGGGUGACGAUGAUCAGCGGGGUGAUCCUCACGACGAUGCAAAUCCAGGAUUUGAAGGAUGUCGAGGGGGACCUAAGCCGCGGGAGGUUGACCAUCCCGAUCCUGAUCGGACAGUCUCCGGCGCGGUGGAUGCUGGCCGGGUUGAUUCUGGCGUGGAGCCCAGCGUGUGUGUGGUUCUGGCACCUGCCUUGGUGGGGGUACCUGCUCCCCACCGCUGUGGCCAUCGCCGUAGGCUUGCUGAUAAUACAGCCGCGCACCUUUCGCGCCGACCCGGUCGCCUGGCGACUGUGGUGCUUCUGGUUGGUGCUGCUGUACCUCCUUCCAUUGGUGGCUUCGUGGUG